UUUUGACUCUCACAAACACUGAUAUUCAUCGCAUCGUUUAACAAUCAUAAAAUCAAGCUUUCAAAACCAAGAAAUUUCUACUCAUGGAUUCUCUCGUAGACCAAACAAAAACUCCUCAACUUUAUGAACAAAUUGCAAGAAACGUUUCAAUGCCAGUUUCAACUCGAUCUCACACAAUGAACGGUUCAAAUCCACAUCAAGGUUUGAAGGAGAAGUUGAAAGCCCUAACACUCUUAUACGAACAACCAAACCUUUCACCUCCCAAGAACCCUUCUUCCAAGAACCGUGUCGUGGCUCGGAAGCUAUCGUUACCGGAAACGAAGAAAACAGGGAACAGAGUAACGGUGCUUGUGAGAGUGAGACCAAUUUCGAAGAAGGAAAAGGAAGCGGGUUCGAGGUGUUGUGUGAGGAUCGUGAAUCCCCGUGACGUUUAUUUGACCGAUUUGGUUAAUCCUAACGAUUACUUGAGGUUGAAUAGAAUUCGUGGACGUCAUUUCACCUUUGAUGCUUGCUUUCCUGAUUCAGCUACUCAACAGGAAGUUUAUUCCACCUCAACCUCAGAACUUGUGGAAGGAGUUCUACAAGGGAGGAAUGGGACAGUUUUCUGUUAUGGUGCCACUGGAGCUGGAAAAACUUACACAAUGAUUGGUACAUUGGAGAGCCCGGGGGUGAUGGUGUUGGCAAUUAAGGAUCUUUUCGAUAAAAUCAAGACGAGAAGUUGUGAUGGAAACCAUGUUGUUCAUCUGUCCUAUCUCGAGGUUUAUAAUGAAACUAUAAAAGAUUUGAUUUCACCUGGAAGACCUCUGGUUUUGAGAGAAGAUAAACAGGGGAAUGUGGCAGCAGGUCUUACACAAUACAGAGUUUACUCUGUUGAUGAAGUGAUGACAUUGCUUCAGCAAGGAAAUCAUAACAGAACUACAGAACCAACUCGUGCAAAUGAAACAUCUUCACGUUCCCAUGCUGUCUUGCAGGUUGUUGUUGAAUACCAAGUUAGAGAUGCUGCAAUGAAUAUUAUUAACAAUGUGGGAAAGCUCUCGUUGGUUGAUCUUGCAGGGUCAGAGAGAGCUCUUGCCACAAAUCGAAGAACACUUAGAUCUCUUGAGGGUGCCAACAUAAACCGGUCUCUUCUUGCACUAAGCAGCUGCAUCAAUGCUCUUGUAGAGGGAAAGAAGCAUAUACCAUACCGAAAUUCAAAAUUGACACAGCUUCUCAAAGAUUCACUAGGAGGAAAGUGCAGAACUGUCAUGAUUGCUAACAUAAGCUCGAGUAACCUCUCAUCUGGUGAAACUCAAAACACCCUUCAUUGGGCUGACAGAGCCAAGAUGAUUCGAACAAAGGCAAAUGAUGCAAAUGAGGAUCUAUUACCAGUAACUGAAACUGGAACAGACCAGGCCAAGCUGGUACUUGAGCUGCAAAAGGAGAAUCGUGAAUUGCGAAUGCAGCUACAGCAGCAACAAAAACUUUUGACACUCGAAGCACAGUCCUUAGCAGCAUGUUCCUGCUCAACACGACCAUCGGUUUCAUCUCGUCUUUGGACUCCUCCAAUUCAACCAAAUAAAAAGCGAAUGACCGGACCCUCGUCCUUUACUGCAACUUAUCUCACUCCAGAGAUUAAGUAUAAUGAAGAGAAGAUAGCUAUCAGAACACUUAAUCAAAUAAAAUCACUACCGAUGGCCAAGAAAAGAAGCUUUUGGGACAUAACUACUGUUAACCGUUGGAGAAAACUCUUUAGUGAUUAUUUUUAUUUUUUAUUGUAUUUGUUUAUUCAUUUUUUUCUUACUUGAUUUGAGUUGUAUAUUAAUGUUCAGCUCACCAAUAGAUGUAAAUGUUUAAUUGAAAAGAUUAUCGUUAUGAUCAAGGAUUCUGAUAUGUUAAUUAAUGAGUGACAUUAGUUUAACUCAACGAA